AUGACGGGCUCCAUGGAUCUCCCGGCCAAGGGCGGGUUCAGCUUCGACCUGUGCCGCCGCAACAACAUGCUGGAGAAGAACGGGCUCAAGCUCCCGGGAUUCAGGAAGACUGGGACAACCAUCGUCGGCCUCGUCUUUCAGGAUGGGGUUGUUCUUGGGGCAGACACAAGGGCAACUGAGGGGCCUAUAGUUGCUGAUAAGAAUUGUGAGAAGAUCCACUUUAUGGCGCCAAACAUUUAUUGCUGUGGAGCAGGAACUGCUGCUGACACAGAGGCUGUUACAGACAUGGUCAGCUCGCAGCUACAGCUGCACCGUUAUGCAACGGGUCACGAAUCUAGAGUCGUAACUGCUCUUACACUGCUGAAGUCACACCUCUUUAGGUAUCAAGGUCAUGUCAGUGCUGCCCUUGUUCUUGGUGGAGUGGAUUGUACUGGACCACAUCUUCACACUGUUUAUCCACAUGGCUCCACUGAUACUCUUCCUUUUGCCACGAUGGGUUCUGGAUCCCUUGCUGCGAUGUCAGUGUUCGAGUCGAAGUACAAAGAAGGGCUCACUAGGGAAGAAGGAAUACAACUGGUGUCGGAUGCAAUAUGCGCAGGUAUCUUCAAUGACUUGGGUAGUGGAAGCAACGUGGAUGUCUGUGUGAUAACCAAGGGGAAGACAGAAUACUUGAGAAACCACCAGUUGCCGAAUCCCAGAACUUAUGCUAGUUCAAAGGGAUAUAGCUUCACCAAGGGGCAGACUGAGGUACUGUCCACAAAGAUCACACCUCUCAAGCAGAAGGUUGAGGUCACUGGGGGCGGUGAUGCUAUGGAGGAGUGA